CAAGAGAUAAGGUUAGGAACUAUAAAACUUAAAACAUACAGUAUAGUUAGAUGUCAAAUUAAUUUUGAAAAUAUAUUCAUGUAAGGCUAUAUUUUUUAGUACACUUUAUUAGAGAUACAUAAAAUACGUUAUGUCUGAUUUAAGAAGAAUACUACUGGCUCACCAUGGCAAACGACCUGGUAGACGAGUUUUUGGGCUAGCAAAAGAUUUCACCCCUAUUAAAUGGUCAGAAUACUUUGACAAAGAGGAGAUUAUUCAGUUAGCAAAUGGUGAGUUUCAUGUUUACACCAAAGGAAGCGAGGGGCCAAUUUUACUGUGUCUUCAUGGCGGUGGCUAUUCUGGUUUGACUUGGGCAUUAUUUGCAGCAGAAGUAACAAAGUUGAUAAAUUGCCAAGUUGUAGCACUGGACUUAAGGGGUCAUGGAAAUACUUCUACUAAUGAUGAUUCUAACCUAUCAUUGGAAAUGUUAUCAAAUGAUGUAAUGGAUAUGGCUGCGAAACUGACUGAAAAAAAUGCAUCCCCAAUAAUAUUGUUAGGUCAUAGCAUGGGAGGUGCUGUAGCUGUAGAGGCUGCUUAUCACAUCGAGGCUGUUGUAGGACUUUGUGUCAUUGAUGUGGUCGAGGGAACAGCUCUUGAUGCACUGUCAUCCAUGCAAAGUAUUCUUAGAGGGAGACCAACUCAAUUCAAAAGUCUUCAGCAUGCUAUACAAUGGUGUUAUAAAGGAGGUCAAACUCAUAAUAUUGAGGCAGCUAGGGUCUCUAUGCCUGGACAAUUAAUUAGGGUAAAAACAGGUAAGUUAGCUUCAAAUGAUUGUGAUGCUGAAGAACCAGUAGAUAUGGCUUCUUCUACUAAAGAAAUUCCAUCCGAUUAUUCCAUCGAAGACAUUAUCGAAGUUGAAGAAUCAGAAGAUGACAGUUGUAGUAACUGUGGCAAACCUCCCCUUCCAAAAUCACAAAAAACUGAAACAUUCAAAACUCCAAUCUCCAUGUCCAUUAGGACAGAACCAGAUGGCGAACCAUAUACAUGGAGGAUUGACCUCAGCAAAACAGAAAAGUUUUGGACAGGCUGGUUCAAGGGACUUUCACAGAAGUUUUUAGAUCUCCGCAUUCCGAAGCUGCUUUUAUUGGCGAACAUACACGGACUGGAUACCACUUUAACAGUUGGGCAGAUGCAAGGUAAGUUUCAAUUUCAAGUACUGGCAAAGUCUGGACAUGCUAUUCACGAGGACCAACCAUACCAAGUUGCUGAAAUAGUUAGCGGAUACUUGGUGAAGCAAAGGAUAGCGACGCCAAAAUCAAAUUUCGUUCACGCCAGUUUGCCAGCAUGUUAAAUAUUUUUUCCAAGGAAUAGAAAAAUUGGUGUUAUGGCAAAAAAAACUGAAAAAUUCGUGAAUUUAAAAUAAUAAAUGAUGAGCAUAGAGCAACCUCCAAUUAGAAUUAAAUGCCCUUUUUCAAUAUUUUCCAAACAUUAAGAAAUUACUGCAUUUUUGUAACAGUUAACCAUUAUUUUUAAAAUAUAUUUUGUAGGUAAAGUUUAUGGCAGUAAAAACAGGAAAACAUUGAAUUGGUACACUUACUUCUUGACAGAGAAAGAAUAAAUUUAAUUCAAAGAUGCACUAUUUUGUAAGCAUCUCAUAUAUUUUUGAUAGUACUUAACAAAACUUAUGUACUGAAGUACUUAAAUGUUUCUUACUUGUUUUAUAUUAAGUUUCCAUAUUUAUUACUAGCCAAGUAUUAUUAAUGUUGUCAGUAGUUCAAACCAUACAUAAUACAAUCAAACAGGUUACUAUGUGUUCUAUAAUAAAUGAUCAAAGUAU